AAACUUUAGAUGAGCUAACCAAACUGGUGGUAAAGUUAUUUUCUGAAGUGAAGAAUAAAAAUGUUCCAAUACCGGAAUUCCCUGAGCAUCCCUUCCAGGAAGAACAUCUCCGACAACUUUACAAGGUGGUACCUAUUAAAGAUUUUAGAAAUCUUUAUGUCACAUUUCCAAUACCAGAUCUUCAGAAGUACUACAAAUCAAACCCUGGCCACUAUCUUGGUCACCUUAGGCAUGAAGGUCCAGGAAGUCUUUUAUCGGAACUGAAAGCUAAAGGCUGGGUAAGCACACUGGUUGGCGGACAAAAAGAAGGUGCUCGCGGCUUCAUGUUUUUUAUCAUUAAUGUUGAUCUUACUGAAGAAGGACUGUUACAUGUGGAAGAUAUUAUUUUACAUAUGUUUCAAUAUAUUCAAAAGUUACGCACAGAAGGACCUCAAGAAUGGGUUUUUCAAGAAUGUAAAGAUCUAAAUGCUGUAGCAUUCAGAUUUAAAGAUAAAGAAAGACCCCGAGGUUAUACAUCAAAACUUGCAGGGAUGCUUCAUUACUAUCCCAUUGAAGAAGUUCUUGCUGCUGAAUAUUUACUUGAAGAAUUUAGGCCAGAUUUAAUAGAAAUGGUAUUGGACAAACUGAAACCUGAAAAUGUCCGGGUUGCAAUUGUCUCUAAGACAUUUGAAGGAAAAACUGAUAAAAAAGAACGGUGGUAUGGAACCCAGUACAAGCAAGAAAAGAUUUCUGAUGAAGUCAUUAAGAAAUGGCAAAAUGCUGACCUUAAUGGGAAAUUCAAACUUCCAAUGAAAAAUGAAUUUAUUCCUACUAACUUUGAAAUUGUAUCUUUGGAGAAGGAAGCACCACAGUACCCAACUCUAAUUAAGGAUACUGCUAUGUGCAAACUAUGGUUCAAGCAGGAUGACAAAUUUUUCCUUCCUAAAGCGUGUCUCAACUUCGAAUUUUUCAGCCCAUUUGCUUACGUGGAUCCCUUACAUUGUAACAUGGCCUAUUUGUACCUUGAAUUACUCAAAGACUCCCUCAACGAGUAUGCAUAUGCAGCAGAACUAGCUGACUUGAACUAUGGCCUCCAAAAUACCAUCUAUGGGAUGUAUGUUACAUUGUGUUCAGUGGUCCCCGAAGGGCUAAUGGUGUCCAAGGUCUGCGGUUCAUCAUCCAAUCAGAAAAGCCGCCACACUACCUAGAAAGCAGGGUGGAAGCCUUUUUAAAAACCAUGGAGAAAUCCAUAGAAGAUAUGUCUGAAGAAGCUUUCCAGAAACACAUCCAGGCUUUAGCCAUUCGCCGCCUUGACAAACCAAAGAAACUAUCUGCCGAGUGUGCAAAGUAUUGGGAUGAAAUCAUUUCCCAGCAAUAUAACUUUGAUAGAGAUAACACUGAAGUGGCAUAUCUCAAAACCCUUACUAAGGAUAAUAUAGUGCAGUUUUAUAAGGAAUUGUUGGCAGUAGAUGCCCAAAGAAGGCACAAAAUAUCGGUCCAUGUACUAGCAAGGGAAAUGAAUUCCU